CUUUAAUUGGAGAGCACUGUGAAUUCCCGUCCUGUGGUCAAUUAGAUUUCCUGUCAUUUGAAUGCACUAGCUGUUCCAAGAAGUUUUGUAAGAACCAUAAAUCAGAAGAUGCACAUUCAUGUACAAAGUGUAUAUAUUUCACCACUGAGUAACAAUGCGACUCUCACCAUGAUACUCCUGUUCCAGUGCAAUGUCAGUGUGUCUCACCCAGAGUAUACUGGCCCUAGAGGUCACCACUGUACUGUCCAAGACUGUACCAAUAGGGAGCUGACACCAAUUGUCUGUCCACACUGUCACCUCAACUUCUGUCUCAGCCACAGACACCAAGUGGACCAUGACUGUCCUGAGCUGAGACCACCAUCACCUAAGAUGGCCAAGACAGCUGAACAUGUCAAACAGAUAGUAGAGUCACAAAAAUCAAAGCCUGUAAAGAAACAAGGCGCAAAGUCCAGGAAGACUGCUGCCAAAGUGGCCCUAAUGAAAAUGAAGAUGAAAGCUGUUGGGGAUAAAGGCAUCCCAGAGACGGAGAAAGUGUAUAUACAGGUGCUCCUGCCACAGGGCAAUGCAGAGAAAAACUGCCCUAUGUAUUUUUCAAAGAAGUGGACAAUUGGAAGAAUAGUAGACAAAAUUGCAGAAAUCGCUAAACUGAAAAAUGACAAUAACGUAGCUGUAGCAAAGAAACUGAGACUGUUUGAUGCUGAGGAAGGUGUCAUACUGCCCAUGGACGCUUCUCUGGACUCACUGAUGGCUCCUGGUCAUCCUGAACUGACCCCAGGGUUACCUGAGCUGUGCAGUGGGAGCAGCGUCAUCAUAGAAUAUGUGGACAAUGAUUGCAGUAAGUUAGAAGAUGUGACACCGUACAGUAUGACGUAAGGUUCCGUGGUUGCAUGUAGGCUGGAAGAUGUGAUGUCCUAGCAAUAGGGGGAUUAAGCUGAAAAUGUUUGUUACCUUGGUAUUUGAAAAUAAUACCUUAUUAUAAGACACAAGUUGGAAAAUGUUUUUACCUAGUGGUCAGUGAGUAACAACAUGUACUCACAUCAAUCUGCUUUCCAGCUUGUGUCAAGUACCUGUGAUUUACAUUACAAUACAGGAAUUAGAUGAUAAGACAUGAUGUCAAGAAGACCUUUGUUUUAGUUGGAGGUCAUGACAAGACAAGGCCAAGUAUAGAAAAAGAUGUGAUGAUGUCAACAAAAUCAAACUAAAUGUAUUUAUUUCCACAACCAAGAUGUUAGUUUAGAUUGCUGUUUUGUAUGCUUGUAAAGGAUCUUGCUCAUGUCACAAAAUUCAUUUUGAGUUGGGUUUUUAGUGUAUAUGAUUGUCAAAUAUAUACCACCUCUCAGAGUAUUCCCUGAACUUUGAAAAUUAUAGUAAUUGUGCAACAGAAUAUUCCAAUUUCUUCCAGACUAUUUCAAUCCAGGCAAUGACCUUUUCAAUUUGUAUAAGCAGUUAUGGACAUGUGUAUGUUAUCAAUAUAAUAAUGUAUCAAUCCCCACUUCUCCUACAGUGGAAACAUCCGGGAGGCAAGUAGAGUUUCCAGUUGCUUAAACUGCGCCUCGCUGGCUUCCUUCUUGGGGAGGAGCCCCACAGCCAGCACAAGUCCCAUUCUUUUCAGAGCGGGCAUCUCUUUGGGGUCUGGCCACGUGUCUGGAUUGUAGAACACAGCUGUCCCCCCAGUGAGGGUGAACGGAUAGGUGGAGUCUUUGUCAAUUCUUGAAAGUUCAUUUAUUAGAAGAAUGUGUUCCUUUUUAACAACAUAUGUGCCAAUUGCACCAUAUGUGGGACACACGUUAUUUUUACCAAAAUUGCAUAUAACACUGUUUGUAUCUAAAAUAAAGUUAUAGUUACCUUCUCUCAGACUAAGAUUCUACCUAAAAUUAUCAUUGCAACAAAAAGUUAGAUGUUGAAGUCUUUGUCGCCAGUCUCUGUCUUUGUCACAGAAAUGUGCUUUGGCUUGUGUAUAAUCAAAUUGGGCAAAAUAUGAUCCAUUUAUUGUUAUUUUCAUAAUGUGCUCCAGUUGCACCUCACGUAAUUGAUUUCUGGUAAUUAUCCUGGGGAUCAUUAUUUCCAACACUUUGCCCUUUAUACUGCCUUGUGUUUUGAAUUUCGCUCUCCAUCUGGGAUGCUGUUAAUAAAAGACUAGCGUCAUCAUUAAUGCUUUGAGAAAUGCACGCAACAAUCUCUGACACAGUUCCUGACGAAGUGUAGUGCCCACGCAUGUUUUGCAGGGUGCACAAGUCCCCAUAUAAGUUAAAAGCCAGAAUUUUGGAAGCUAAAAAAUUUGCAAAUUCGAAACUGUUUUGUCAAUCCAUCGUCACAUGCUUUUUUAGUGUUGUUCAUCACCUUUUUAAAGGUUUCUUUACCUUUAUUGUCCUCUGUUGCAGCCUUGUGACUUUUGGAGAUUAUAUGUCUCAGAAGUGAAGAAGGUUGAUAAUCGGGACGAGAGGUCUGGGUGUAGAAAAUCUAAGAUUCUCUCCAUCUUGCAUGGUAUCAUCUGCAGAAGUUACAGCAUGCGCACUUUUCCCACUUACAUUCUUAAAAUUAAACAAAAUUUCUGACUCACUUUCAUUGUUGUUCUCCAUCUU